AUGUCUACUUCAGCUUCUUCAUCCACCGCCUCAUCCUCGGGAGCUGCCGCCGCCGCCGCAGGGACCUUCCACGAGGGUAUCGCGGCCUUCGACUUGGCACGCCCCGAGAGGUGGACCACGUGGCCUCCGUUAUGGCCAGCGCCAGCGGCUGCCCCUUACCCGAAGCGGAAGAGAGCCGACGAAGGAAGCCGCCCGGCCCCAGUCCCGCCCCGCCGAGAGCGGCCGUGGGAACACGUGUGUGCCCUCCCUCCCUUGCUGGGCCUAUUCCGGACCGGAACAGAUGGUUAUGGAGGCAAGAAACAGGAUGUGAGAAUACUGAAGCCGAAAAAGGACAAGCUGGAAACCAACCCAACUGAUCUGUUUGUAUUUCUUCUCUCCCCCCCCCCCCAGUUGCUAGGUGACUAUGACAAGGUGAAGGCUAUAUCAGAAGGUGGUGACUGUCAGUGCAAGUGUGUGGUGAGGCCCCUGGGCCGAAGCGCCUGCCAGAGGAUUAACGACGGAGCUUCCAAACCGGAGGAUUUUUACGUGGUGGAAACCAUUACUUCCGGACCGGAAUGCAGAUGCUCCUGUGUGGCUCCCCCGUCCGCUCUGAACCCUUGUGAGGGAGACUUCCGGCUGAAAAAGCUGAGAGAAGCAGACAGCAAGGAUUUCAAGCUGGCAGCCGUUAUUGAUAUGCUGGAAGGCGCUUUCUAUGGCUUCGACCUGCUGAAGCUGCAUUCCAUCACGACCAAGUUGGUGGGUCGAGUGGAGAAACUCGAAGAGGACCAGAAGCACAAGACACAGAAGGCCAAUGAAGUUCUGCAAGAGCUGAAUCAUAAAGCUAAGGAUAAUUCAUCCUUUGGCCUCUCCAAUGACCUUGCUGACAUACAGGGCUUGUUGCAAAGGGAUGCUGCGGCUGCCUAUACGCUCACUGAGGAAAAGUAUGAAGAAGGUUUCCUGCAUGAUGACGUGGUUUCUCAGCACAUUGGCUCUGACGAGUCUUUGCGCUAUGCCCCCCAAGCACCAGAGGCAACGAAGCCCAAGUCCACUUCGCCAAGGAAGCUCCACGUGAGAAGCAGGGCCCCCUCCCGGCCCACCAUCAUUCGAGGGGUCACGUAUUACAAGGCCAAAGACGCCGAGCUGGAAAACGACCUUGACGAACAGGACGAACUUUUCAGCGGCGAGAAUGCCAUUGAUUUGCUGAUUGAAGACCAGCUCCUGCAGCACAACGACCUGCUGAUCUUCCCCCCGAGGAAGCCUUUCCCAGUGGAAGGACCCCUCACGCUCCAGAGCAUGGAUCUCACAAAGGAACCCGUUACGCACGCCACGUACACUGGAGGAGGAGCUCCCACGGCCACCACCACGGCAAAGAUGCUGCCGCUGUCCUCUUCCGUUGCGCCUCCCUCUGUUGAACCCACCCUGGUGUCUACCUCAUCAGCUGUCCCUCCUGCACCGACGGCUCCAAAGACCACAGCGGCUGCUGAAGUCUCCUCAGGAACCGGGUCAUCGAAUGAGGACGUCUUGUGGACAAUGAAGAUGGCGGCUCAGGCGACCACGCAGGCUCCCACAGUGGUCCAGACUGCAGCUACCAUGAGGCUGCACAGUGUUAAGGCGGCCACAGUCGGUUUCCAAGCACAGGCAAUGGCCGGGCCUGGUUUGGCGGCCACAACGAAAGCCGUGACUUCUCCGGCCACUGCCAGCACCACCCCAAAACAAGUCUUCGAUGAAGAAGAUAUCAGGAACAGCAUAGGCCAGUGCAAGGAUACUUUGUCCACCAUCUCCAGGCCCAUGAUCCAGAACACCUAUGGGCGGAACGAAGGCGCUUGGAUGAAGGAUCCGCUUGCCAAGGACGAGAGGAUCUACGUCACCAACUAUUACUACGGGAACACCCUGGUGGAGUUCCGGAGCCUGGACAGCUUCAAACAAGGCCGAUGGAGCAACUCUUACAAGCUGCCCUACAGUUGGAUGGGGACAGGUCACGCAGUGUACAACGGCUCCCUGUAUUACAACCGGGCCUUCACGCGCAACCUCAUCAAAUACGACCUGAAACAGCGUUACGUGGCAGCCUGGGCCAUGUUGGACGACGUGGCCUACGAGGAGGAGACACCGUGGCGGUGGCGUGGCCAUUCCGACGUGGACUUUGCUGUGGACGAGAACGGCCUGUGGAUCAUUUACCCGGCCAUCAAUUAUGAAGGCUUCAGCCAGGAGGUGAUUGUCCUCAGCCGGCUCAACGCCGUCGACCUGAGCACUCGGAAGGAGACCACCUGGAGGACGGGCCUGCGGAAGAACUUCUAUGGCAACUCCUUUGUCAUCUGUGGCGUCCUCUAUGCCGUUGACAGUUACAACAAGAAGGACGCCAACAUCUCCUACGCGUUUGACACGCACACCAACACUCAGAUUAUCCCCCGCUUGCUGUUUGAGAACGAAUACUCCUACACCACGCAGAUAGACUACAAUCCCAAGGACCGCCUCCUGUACGCGUGGGACAAUGGCCACCAGGUGACCUAUGACGUCAUCUUUGCUUACUGAGGACACAGCGCGGGCAAUUCCCAUGGGCCCCUAGCACCUUUUUUCUAAAAAAAAUAAUAUUUUUUUAUUGUACAAAUCAGAGAGUAAAUGAUUUUUGUUUCCUUUUUGAAAGUGAAGUGGAUUGUAGAUCAGUCCACAGGCCAAAGUCAACCCUUUUUAUUGCGGGCAUAACCCCCGGCUUCUUUUUUUUGUACUGAAUAUGUGGCCUCCCCUGAGACCAUGGAAAAAUUGUUCUGCCAAGUACAAACUCCCAGCCGAAGACGACCCAUUUUGUUGCCUUGUAAUUGUAACAGGAGACUUCCCCUUUGGAGAUGAGAUCCUUUAAAAAACAUUACCAUUUUUAUAAUAAAAUAUCAAUUGUUGAAACUCUGUUAAACUGGACUCCCUUUACUAAUUGUUAACUCUUUGCUCACAUUUCUGUCAUUGUGUGUUAUUGCUGGAUCAGCCUAACUGCGCUGCCAGUGGAGCGAAAUAGCCCCAUGUUCUCUGUAGCUUUA